GGCAAAGAUGGCGAAACGUGGGGAGCCAGACGUGUACUUUUAAUGUCUCGAUGUCUAAAUUUUCAGUGAGCAACAGCUCGUACAUCGAUGAACAUGUUAGUGGGUAAUUGUUCCUCCUGAUUGACAAGUAGAAAUAAUAAGCGCUCGUCGAUUUAUCGUCGACAAAUCGCACGGAGGGAUCUGGUGGUGGAGAAGGUGAGAAAGCAAGGCGGGAUGCACUUUGUUUAUGGAGAUCAGCUGUGCUCCAAAACACUCGGGUUACCCUUCCUGCACCGCGCGCUGUCGCGAUCAGCGGCCGACGCUAUUUUCGUCAGAUAAAGGUCAGCUGAAUACGGGGACAAAGCGACGAACGUCGCGACUUACGACAGUGCGUCGCGUCACGCUGUCGUUCAUUCAGGGAACCCGAUGAUGCUUACAGAGCAACCAUCAACCGGUAGCUGAAAAAAAUUAAUGACAUGAAAGGAUGAAACGAGAUACUGUUAUUACCUGUGUGGAGCCAAAUCGACGAGCGCAAACAAUGACGACGGUACUGGACUGUAGUUACCAACGUAUGGAUCCUUAUGGGACACACGAAGGAGAUGCGGAUGAUGAGGAUGAACGUGAAGAAACACCUCAGGACAUGAUAAUCCACAUGGUAGAGGGAAACAAAGCACGAUGGAAUCACAUCGAGGAUCUGGAUUCUUUCUUCACGCGGAUGUACCACUACCAUCAGAAGCAUGGCUUCGCCUGCAUGAUGCUCCAGGAAAUUUCCGAAUUAACACGAUUCAUUUUUGUGGUUGCAUUCUCGACUUUUCUUGUUCACUGCGUAGAUUACUCUGUAUUAUUCAAGGAUAGAAUUACCAAUAGUACUUCGUCCAAGACUACGAUAACAGACGCCAUACUGUCCUCAAGCGAAUGCGCAGCGUCAAUGCAUCUAGGUACCUGGAUCUGUAUUCUGGUUGCGGCCAUGUUCUGGAUCCUGCGUUUCUUCAUAUUUCUGUACCACUUGACGCAGUUUUGGGACAUGAAACAGUUUUUUAAUACAGAGCUGAAAAUCGACGACAGAGAUUUGGACAAUCUGACUUGGCACGAAGUACAGAAGCGAGUAAUAGAGGUACAAAAGGUUCAAGAAAUGUGCAUUCACAAGAAGGACCUUACAGAGUUAGAUAUAUACCACAGGAUAUUAAGAUUUAAGAAUUAUAUGGUAGCUAUGAUCAACAAAUCCAUCUUGCCUGUACGGCUGAAAGUCCCCAUUACAGGAGAUAUUAUUUUCAUGACGCGAGGAUUAAAGUACAAUAUGGAGUUGUUGCUAUUUUGGGGACCAUGGUCACCGUUCGAAAACAAUUGGCACUUAAAAGAAGACUAUAAAAAGCUAAAUAAAAGGCAAGAACUCGCGCGACUAUUGUCCAAGCACAUCCUGUGGGUCGGUGUAGCGAAUUUCCUCUUGUGUCCCCUCAUUCUCCUUUGGCAGAUUCUUUAUUCGUUCUUUAAUUAUGGUGAGCUCAUCAAAAGAGAACCCGGUACUUUGGGUACUAGGACGUGGUCCUUAUACGGCCGUCUGUAUCUACGCCACUUCAACGAACUCGACCACGAAUUGAACGCACGUCUCAAUCGCGCGUACCGUCCCGCUUCUAAGUACAUGAGCAGCUUCACGUCUCCGACUAUGACGGUGUUCGCGAAGAAUGUUGUGUUUAUCGCCGGUAGCGUGCUGAUGGUACUGGUAUCUUUGACGUUAUACAACGAUGCUGUUCUGACUGUGGAACAUAUAAUAUCGGUCAUGACCAUACUCGGUGGAUUGGUGGCAUGCGCAAGGACGUUUAUACCGGACGAAAACCUAGUCUGGUGUCCGGAAACCCUUCUGACCGCUGUUCUAGCGCACACGCAUUACAGACCGGACAGUUGGAGGGGUUACGCUCAUACGCAGAGCACCAGAUCUCAAAUGGCGCAGUUGUUCCAGUACCGCGCGGUGCACCUUUUAGAAGAGUUGCUGUCUCCUUUGUUGACGCCAUAUAUUCUGUGCUUCCAUAUGAGACAUCGAGCUUUGGAAAUCGUAGACUUCUACCGUAACUUCACUAUCGAAGUCGCUGGGGUCGGUGAUGUCUGCAGCUUCGCUCAGAUGGACGUGCGCAGACACGGUAAUCCCAUGUGGCAGACCGUGGCGCACAGUCCCACGGUAUCUCCGCUGCCUACAGAGGACCACAGCAUGGGAUAUGACAAUCGGUACGGCGUCGAUCCCGAGAAGCUUCACGUACCGAUGUCUAAUCAUUACACCCAAGCGGAGGACGGCAAGACCGAAUUGUCCCUUAUACACUUCACCCUCACAAAUCCGGAGUGGAAGCCGCCGAGUUACGCAGAGAACUUCGUGACCGCUUUGAAGGAGAGAGCCAAGAAGGAAGUAAACGCGGUUCCCGACAACAAUCCUCUGAUAACUAGUUUGAACAGCUUGUCUGGUCUUGGGCCUGGUUAUAACAACAUUGUGACGAGUAUCAUGCGCAGUACGGCGAUAAAUCAAGCGAGCGUGCCCAGCAUAAGUAACAUCUUCACCAAUCAGCCGGGCACGUCCGGAGCGUCGGUGGGCGUUGAUCAGUCGCUCAGUACCAGAUCCGAUGCUUUGUCGUGUGCGGUUCAUCAUGGCUUGAGGAGGGCGGAAGGACCGUUGCUCAACGAGAGAGGGUUCCUAUAUAGCUUGCAACAGGUAUUCUCGAAUCAAUCUCUGGGUACGUCGGUGUUCGAGCCCGGUCACGAAGCGUCCACGGAUCUGUCUGUACCUACGGAAUUAACUGCUGCCGACAUGUCAUUGUCUACAUUGUACCUGCACGAGCUUCAUCACAGACAAGUAAGAAGACGCGGUUACCAAGAAAUGGCAACGAGAAAUAUAUAUCCGCGCAGUCCGGCACAGGAAUUAGCGACGCUUCCCGAGGUUCGACAAGAGAGGAUACCGCUGUUGUCGCACCAAGAUUCUUCUCUUAGAAGAAACCAACAGUCCUAACGUCGUCACAGCUAAAAAUUCAUUUAGAUAGAGUCCAAAUGAUUCGCGCAAUGAUUAUCAUUUCGGAAUAAAGCAUUUCCAUCUUUGUCACGUCGAAUUCAUGACUUAUUUUAAUAACAUAAUUAAGUUAGUCGCAAAUGCCCGAGAGAGUGAAAUCGUCCCAGUGUUCUCGGCAUUCUAGAUGUGUUAUUACGUCUUCGAAAUAUUUAAUAUUACACACAUACGCGCACGCACGCACG